UGGCGCGCAUUCAUUUUCGUCGAGUCCAAGUGCGCGGAUCGCCUCCAAGCGAACCGAUUCCUUUUCCCAAAUUGAAAGUAACUUGCAUUUUGUUUUCAUCGUCCAGUCAGUGUCAGCGUCUGUGAGUGACCUUUUGCUGUGGAGUGUCGAAGUGAAGCUGUUAGCGAGUGCAAAGGUGCCAAGUGCCAAACAAAAACAAAAACAAGCUCGUCAUUCCAAGUUGGAACGUUGCGUGCAGAAGAUGGGAAAAUUCGAGUACUCGCUGGGCCUCAAUGAGCUCAAGUCAAAGGAGCUGCGUCUGUGGCAGGCCCUCAUUGGCGAGUUCCUGGGCACACUCAUACUGAAUUUGUUUGCAUGCGGCGCCUGCACACAGGUGGAGGAUGGCACCUUCAAGGCGCUGGCCUUUGGCCUGGCCAUCUUUGUGGCCAUUACGAUUGUGGGUCACCUGAGUGGUGGACAUGUGAAUCCUGCCGUAACUGUGGGCAUGCUCGUCGCCGGACGCAUCAGUUUUCUGCGUGCCCUGUUCUACAUUGUCUUCCAGUGUCUGGGCGCCAUUGCGGGCACAGCAGCUGUGCGGACCCUCAUCGACAGGGACUACUACAAUGGCCUGGGGCACACGAGUCUCGCGGAGAACAUCACCGAGCUGCAGGGCCUGGGCAUUGAGUUCUUCCUGGGACUGCUGCUGGUGCUCACCGUGUUCGGGGCCUGCGAUCCCCACAAGCCCGACUCCCGCUACACGGCGCCGCUGGCCAUUGGCAUGGCCGUGACCUUGGGCCACUUGGGCACCAUUCGCUAUACGGGCGCCAGCAUGAAUCCGGCACGCACCGUGGGCACAGCCUUUGCCACCGACAACUGGAGUGCCCACUGGGUGUACUGGGCUGGACCAGUGCUGGGGGGCGUGGCCGCGGCGCUGCUCUACACACAGGUGCUGGAGGCAAAGCCCCCACCGAAGACGGCAGAGGCGGCCGAUAAGUAUCGCACGCAUGCCGAUGAACGUGAGGUGAGAGUCAGAUUGAAAGGCGCCCGGAGCGAAGAAUACUUCUAUUGACACACACACACACACACACACACACACACCCACUCAUAUACACAUUUUGCGCAAGCUGGAGGGUACACGGGAUUAUGCUUAAGGACACACGCACAAAGGAUCUUAAGCGCCGGCAGUGUAUGCCGCCAGAGCCAAGGAGGAGGGUCCAAUUACUCAUUCAAUUUCAAUGUCUACUCUCAUGUAUUUCCGUGUUCCCGUGCCUGUCUAUUUAUGUAUUUAUUUAUGCAAAAUGUUCAUUUUUUAUGUAACUAAUACUCGUAAGCAGUGCUGCAACAUCAGCCACAAGAGCAGUAAAUGUUCGCAAUAAAAUGGAAACAAUUAUUGGAAUUUAUCCAACCAAA